AUGACGAAUAUUUUUCAACAUCCAAGGUCCAUUUAUAUUCCUCUCGAUGCAUAUGUAUGUUGUAAACAUGGAUUUAAUUCAACAUAUCAAAAUGAUCUAAAUGGAAUUAUCAAUCCAGACGAAUUUCAAGAAUCAAUGAAUCGAAUCAAUCAACCGAUGUUAUCAUGUAAUAAGAAACUCAAAAUCAUAUGUAUUAUUUUAUGUUUGAUGGUCUUAUUGGGAAUAUGCUUUAUCAUUAGUGCAAACGUAGCAGCUAAAAAGGAUUCAAGUUUCUAUAAUACAUUACUCACUAUUGGAAUCGUAUCAAUUGAUGGUGGAGUAUUUCUUCAUCUUAUCGCUUGUUGUGUGAUAAUAUGUCAACGUGAAAGAAAACUACGACAAGCCAUUACCAAAGAAACAAUCAUAUAUUCUUCAAGAUCUCCAAUAACGUGUGGAUGGCGAUUGGAAAAUUGCGGAGAUGAAAAUAAUGCAGAUCAAAACGACUAUAGUCAUGUAGUGAUUGAUAUCGUUCGUCCUACAACAGCAGUAAAUUCAAUAUAUCAUUUUGAUCAAGAUAACUCUUUACCACCGCCACCAUCAUAUUCCGAUCUAUUUCCAAGAUUGUCUUCGUAA